AGAUUUGGUUACUUUUUUGAAAGGCAGAGUGACAGAGUGGGGGAGAGAGGUCUCCAACUGCUGGUUCACUCUCCAAAUGCUGGUAACAGCCUGGACUGGGCAGGCUGUAAAGCCAGGAGUCAGGAACUCCGUCUGGUUUUCCAACAUGUGUGGCAGGAACGCUUGUACUUGGGCCAUCAUUUGCUAUGUCCAGGUGCAUUAGCAGGAAGCUGAAUUGGAAGAGCACGAGUAGCCAGAACUCCCAUAUUGGAUCCAGGCAUCCCAAGUGUCCCAACAGUUGCCCCUAAAUUUUGAUUUAUUCUUGAGAUUUUCUCUUUCUGCCUGCCUUCCUUCCUUCCUUCCUUCCUUCCUUCCUUCCUUCCUUCCUUUUUAAUGACAGAAGUGCAGUACAUGAAUACAUUCUCUUUUUACAAAUUUUAUUUAUUUGAGAGGUGGAAAGAGAGAGAGAGGCAGAGGGAGUGUUCUUCUCUGUUCUCAUUCACUCCCUGCUACAACGUGGACAGGACUGGGGUGGAAGCCGAAGUCAGGAGCUGAAAAUGUAAUUCGGGUCUCCCACAUAGGAGGCAGGCACCCAGUUACUUGAGCUGUCACCACAGCCUCCCAGGGCCUGCACUGGCAGGAAGUUGGAGUUAAGAGCCGAAGCUGGGAAUGGAACCCAAGUUACCUGACAAGGCAUGCAGACAGUAUCUUAAUCACUACGCUAAACAUCUGCUCCCUGUUUUUGUUUCUUUAUUUUGUUAAUGUUCUUUGGCUCAAAAACAUUAUUUUAUUAGGGACUGAGGAAGGGGGGAAAAGAGAACAUGAUGCCAUUUGCUGGUUCAUUCCCCAAAUGCCUGCCUAUAGCUGGGACUGGUUGAAAUUAUGAGUCAAGAACUUAAUCUGAGUCUCCCUUGUGGGUAGCAGGGGCUCAGCUACUUGAGCCAUCACCCACUUCUCUCCCAGGGUCUGCAUUAGCAGGAAACUGGAGCUAUUCUAUCUAUUCCUGACAUUCUAAUAUGGAAAGCUGACAUCCAACUUGCGUCAUGACUGCUAGACCAAAUGCUUGCCUAUUUUCUUUAUAAAAGAUUCAAACACUGACAAAAACAUACCUGGAGUAUUUAAAAUUCCUUUGUCCUUCGGCUGUCUGAUACCAUGGCUAAGAUGCUGCGUGGGGUGCCCACAUCCUGUGUUGAGGUGCCUAGAUUUGAGUCCGUAGCUUCACCCCCAGUUCCAGCCUCCUGCUAAUGCGCAUGCUGGGAGGCACAGGGGGUGACCCAAGUACCAGGGUUCCUGCCAAACACAUGGGGGGCCUAGAUUUGAGUGACAGGCUCCUAGUUUUGUCCUGGCCCAGCCCUGGCUGUUACAGACAUUUGGGGAGUAAACUAGUAGAUGAAAGGUCUUUCUCUAUCUGUGUGUCUCUGCCUUUCAAAUAAAUAAAACUGAGUAGAAAUUAAAAAAAAAAUCCCUUCUGCUGUUUCCACUUCCCAGAGGUUUCCACUGUUGAAUCAGGCUUGUUUUCUGUUUUGAAAUCCUGCGAGCAUAGGCAGCCACGUAGAAGCUCCUAACUAAACUCAUAUAGUGUGUAUGCUCCUUGUCCUUUUUCUGCACUGGAGCCUUUUUAUUUUAGAUUUAUCUCAGCAGUUCUGCUUUUUUCGUGGGGUAAUUUUGUGGGUAUGGGGAAGACGGUUGUCUAAGCAGAAACUGAACAAUGAAAGAAACACCCCACCAUGUGGUUUCUGCUGUGGGCCACCGAGUCACUUUGGAAUGGCGCCCUCUUCUGCAGGCGGUUGGCUAGACGAUUUUCCUGGAAAUUGGGACUGGGUCUCACGGUCUGAACCCUCUGACAGUCUAGGCCUCCUGUGUCCCCGCUGCUGAGCGUAACUGAGUUUCUUACCUGGAGCGUGCUAUUAGGACACAGCCUCUUCACAGUUAUGCUGUGUAACUGUAGAUACUCUAGUCCUGUUCUGUCCCAAAGCAGAGGUCGAGGUAGGCAUUUCAAAGUAAUUGAAUUCAGUAAUUGAAAUUUCUAAAGUAAUUGAGAGAAGAUGAGAGCAUUUCCUAUUUAGAAGGCAGCAGCUAGAUUUUUUUUUCCUUGAAAUUAUUUUCCUAGUAUCUAGUUAGCUUAAAAAAAAAAAAAAGGAAAGGAAACAGAAACGGGACUGUGGAGUGGUGAACGUAGGUCUUGAAAUAUUUCAGUUCUCAUGCUUUGUAGGGGCGGCACUGGUGGAUGUCCCCAUCGGAUGUGGAUGUGAUUCAGUGACACCUGCGGAGGACGGGGCACCUGCCCUCUGCUCUUGGGGGUCCCUCCUGUGCUGGUGCUGCCGGCGUGGGCCGCAGCCUAAAUCCACCGAAGCAGGACUGCCCGUUGCUGAAGUCACCACUGCUGCGGUCCUCGUACCACAGAGUCCCGUGGAAUCAGACCUGUUUCCUCUCAUUGCUUUUUUAUAAAUGACUAUUUUUUAUUACUUCUAUACCUGCAUGUUUCAGUUUUAGAAAAAAAAUUGUCGAUAUUCUAACUCUUCAUCAUUAAAGAAUUCUAGCCUGUAUUCCACAUGAAAAUUGAAAAUAAAAGCAGCCGUGUUAUUGUUAAUAAGGGCUUACUCAUUAGCUGUGCGAAUUCUUUGUGUGGUUUAAAAUAUAAUGAAUAUCCUGCUCUUGUUUUCACUUGAAGAGAGGAAAGCCCUUUAAAAAAGUUUUUUAAUGGCACUAAAGUCCAUGUUUAAAAACAGUGUUAAGGAUUUUUAUUUCUUUGGGUUUUGAGGAGAAAUAUUUUAAAGUUGCACAUAUGAGUUUGUUUUAUCUGCAUGAUUCUAAUUAAAGUUAAUUAAAGUCACAUGGUUGAACAAAUCUCUGAAAUUGCACAUUUUGGAGACUUAUUUAUUGCAUCUGUUUUACUCUGUUUAUUUGCUGUUACUCUUUUAAAAGUAAAUCACCAAUAACUUAAUUUAAUGAAUUAUUGCUCAUCUUAUUUUUGGCUUCCUUUCUCUUGCUCUUUCCGUGCUUUCCAGCUGGCACAUGAAGGCCCCGUCUGUUUGAGCUCUGGGACUGUUGAACCACAUCACACCAUGACCGACCUCCUGAUUAUAAAGGAAGCAGCACAUGAUGGCCACGUUGAGUCCUGGCCUUUGCCUCACAUGCUUUAUGAAAAAUGUGGCCACUUUGUGCACAGGAUCUCCUGGUGGGAUAUUGACAUUUUACCCACCCAGAAACCUGUGUAUAAAGGCAGCCCAAUGGAUCCGAUGGUGAUGAAGAGACCUCAGUUGUAUGGGAUGGGCAGUAGCCCCCAUUCCCAGCCGCAGCAGAGCAGCCCCUACCCAGGAGGCUCCUACGGCCCCCCAGGCCCGCAGCGGUAUCCGAUCGGCAUCCAGGGUCGGGCCCCUGGGACCAUGGGUGGGAUGCAGUACCCGCAGCAACAGCUGCCACCUCAGUAUGGACAGCAAGGUGUGAGCGGUUACUGCCAGCAGGGCCAGCAGCCUUACUACAACCAGCAGCCGCAGCCCCCGCACCUCCCGCCGCAGGCGCAGUAUCUGCCGGCCCAGUCCCAGCAGAGGUACCAGCCGCAGCAGGACAUGUCUCAGGAAGGCUAUGGAACCAGGUCUCAACCUGCUCUGGCCCCUGGAAAACCUAACCACGAAGACUUGAAUCUAAUACAACAAGAAAGACCAUCAAGCUUACCAGUUGAAGGCCUGGCCUCGGAGGAUGCAGCCUUUGGACUCCAGGACCUGUCUGGCUCCAUCGAUGACCUCCCCACGGGAACGGAAGCAACCCUGAGCUCAGCGGUCAGUGCCUCGGGGUCCACGAGCAGCCAAGGGGACCAGAGCAACCCGGCCCAGUCACCUUUCUCUCCGCACGCGUCCCCCCACCUCUCCAGCAUCCCCGGGGGCCCGUCGCCUUCGCCUGUGGGCUCUCCUGUUGGGAGUAACCAGUCGCGAUCUGGCCCAAUUUCCCCUGCGAGUAUUCCAGGCAGUCAGAUGCCUCCUCAGCCAGCUGGGAGCCAAUCAGAAUCCAGUUCCCAUCCUGCCUUGAGCCAGUCUCCAAUGCCACAGGAAAGAGGUUUUAUGGCAGGCACACAAAGAAACCCUCAGAUGUCUCAGUAUGGACCUCAGCAGACAGGACCAUCUAUGUCGCCUCAUCCGUCUCCUGGGGGCCAGAUGCAUCCUGGAAUCAGUAGCUUUCAGCAGAGUAACUCCAGUGGGGCUUACGGUCCACAGAUGAGUCAGUAUGGACCACAAGGUAACUACUCCAGACCCCCAACGUAUAGUGGGGUGCCCGGUGCAAGCUACAGCGGCCCAGGGCCCGGUAUGGGUAUCAAUGCCAACAACCAGAUGCAUGGACAAGGGCCGAGCCAGCCAUGUGGUGCUGUGCCCCUGGGACGAAUGCCAUCGGCUGGGAUGCAGAACAGACCAUUUCCUGGAAAUAUGAGCAGCAUGACCCCCAGUUCUCCUGGCAUGUCUCAGCAGGGAGGGCCAGGAAUGGGGCCGCCAAUGCCCACUGUGAACCGUAAGGCACAGGAGGCGGCCGCAGCAGUGAUGCAGGCUGCCGCAAACUCAGCACAAAGCAGGCAAGGCAGUUUUCCUGGCGUGAACCAGAGUGGACUCAUGGCUUCCAGCUCUCCCUACAGCCAGCCCAUGAACAACAGCUCUGGCCUGAUGAACGCACAGGCACCACCGUACAGCGUGACACCCUCCAUGGUGAACAGCUCCACAGCAUCUAUGGGUCUUGCAGAUAUGAUGUCUCCUGGUGAAUCCAAACUGCCCAUGGCUCUCAAAGCAGAUGGCAAAGAAGAAGGCCCCGUGCAGCCGGAGAGCAAGGCAAAGGAUAGCUACAGCUCUCAGGGUAUUUCUCAGCCCCCAACCCCAGGCAACCUGCCAGUCCCUUCCCCAAUGUCCCCCAGCUCUGCUAGCAUCUCCUCAUUUCAUGGAGAUGAGAGCGAUAGCAUUAGCAGCCCAGGCUGGCCAAAGACUCCAUCAAGCCCUAAGUCCAGCUCGUCCACCACCACCGGGGAGAAGAUCACCAAGGUGUAUGAGCUGGGGAACGAGCCCGAGAGGAAGCUGUGGGUGGACCGGUACCUCACCUUCAUGGAGGAGAGGGGGUCCCCUGUCUCAAGUCUGCCUGCGGUGGGCAAGAAGCCCCUGGACUUGUUCCGACUCUACGUCUGCGUCAAAGAGAUCGGGGGCUUGGCACAGGUUAAUAAAAACAAGAAGUGGCGUGAGCUGGCAACCAACCUAAACGUUGGCACUUCAAGCAGCGCCGCGAGCUCCCUGAAAAAGCAGUAUAUUCAGUACCUGUUUGCCUUCGAGUGCAAGAUCGAGCGAGGGGAGGAGCCCCCGCCGGAAGUCUUCAGCACCGGGGACACCAAGAAGCAGCCCAAGCUCCAGCCGCCAUCUCCUGCUAACUCAGGAUCCUUGCAAGGCCCGCAGACCCCCCAGUCAACCGGCAGCAAUUCCAUGGCGGAGGUUCCAGGUGACCUGAAGCCCCCGACCCCAGCCUCCACCCCUCACGGACAGAUGACCCCGAUGCAAGGUGGAAGAAGCAGUACAAUCAGCGUGCACGACCCGUUCUCAGAUGUGGGUGAUUCGUCCUUCCCCAAACGGAACUCCGUGACGCCGAACGCGCCGUACCAGCAGGGCGUGAGCAUGCCAGACAUGAUGGGCAGGAUGCCCUAUGAGCCCAACAAGGACCCCUUUGGUGGAAUGAGAAAAGUGCCUGGGAGCGGCGAGCCGUUCAUGACGCAAGGACAGAUGCCCAACAGCAGCAUGCAGGACCUGUAUAACCAGAGCCCCUCUGGAGCCAUGGCCAACCUGGGCAUGGGGCAGCGGCAGCAGUUUCCCUACGGAGCCACCUACGAUCGAAGGCAUGAACCCUACGGACAGCAGUAUCCAGGGCAAGGUCCUCCCUCAGGCCAGCCGCCGUACGCAGGGCACCAGCCCGGCCUCUACCCACAGCAGCCGAACUACAAGCGCCACAUGGACGGCAUGUACGGGCCGCCAGCCAAGCGCCACGAAAGCGACAUGUACAACAUGCAGUACGGCGCCCAGCAGCAGGACAUGUACAACCAGUACGGGAGCUCCUACUCGGGCCCGGACAGGAGGCCCAUCCAGGGCCAGUACCCCUACCCCUACAACAGAGAGCGGAUGCAGGGCCCCGGGCAGCUGCAGGCACACGGCAUCCCCCCGCAGAUGAUGGGGGGCCCCAUGCAGCCGGCCUCCGGCGAGGGGCCGCAGCAGAACAUGUGGGCGGCACGCAACGAUAUGCCUUAUCCCUACCAGAACAGGCAGGGCCCCGGCGGCCCCGCCCAGGCCCCCCCAUACCCGGCCAUGGGCCGCACGGAUGAGAUGAUGGUACCCGAUCAAAGGAUCAACCACGAGAGCCAGUGGCCUUCUCACGUCAGCCAACGUCAGCCUUACAUGGCGUCUGCAGCCUCCAUGCAGCCCAUCGCGCGCCCGCCUCAGUCCUCCUACCAGACGCCACCGUCACUGCCAAACCACAUCUCCAGGGCGCCCAGCCCGGCCUCCUUCCAGCGCUCCCUGGAGAGCCGCAUGUCUCCCAGCAAGUCUCCCUUCCUGCCGUCUAUGAAGAUGCAGAAGGUCAUGCCCACCGUCCCCACGUCCCAGGUGGCCGGGCCGCCCCCCCAGCCACCUCCCAUCAGGAGGGAGAUCACCUUCCCCCCGGGCUCAGUGGAGGCAUCGCAGCCAGUCCUGAAGCAAAGGCGCAAGAUUACCUCAAAAGAUAUCGCUACUCCCGAGGCGUGGCGUGUGAUGAUGUCCCUUAAGUCGGGUCUUCUGGCAGAAAGCACCUGGGCUCUGGACACCAUCAACAUCCUUCUCUACGAUGACAGCACCGUUGCUACUUUCAAUCUCUCCCAGUUGUCGGGAUUUCUCGAACUCUUAGUCGAGUACUUUAGAAAAUGCCUGAUUGACAUUUUUGGAAUCCUCAUGGAAUACGAAGUGGGAGACCCCAGCCAGAAAGCACUUGAUCACCACGCGGCGAGGAAACAGGACGGCCAGGCGGCGGCGGACGACUCUGGGCGAGAGGAGGCUGAGGCCGACGGCCUGGACGAGGACGAAGACGAGGACGAGGAGGACGAGGAGGACGGUGAGAAGACUGAGCCGGAGGCCAAGGGCAGCCCGGGCCUGAGCGCCCCGGACGCCACCGCAGACCCCAAGGAGAAGCCCAAGCAAGCCAGCAAGUUCGACAAGCUGCCCAUCAAGGUCGUCAAGAAGAACAAGCUGUUUGUGGUGGACCGGUCCGACCGGCUGGGGCGCGUGCAGGAGUUCAACAGCGGGCUCCUGCACUGGCAGCUGGGCGGCGGCGACACCACCGAACACAUCCAGACUCACUUCGAGAGCAAGAUGGAGAUUCCGCCCCGCAGGCGCCCGCCGCCCGCUCUGAGCUCCACCGGGAGAAAGAAAGAGCCAGAAGGCAGAGGUGACUGUGACGAGCAGCCGGAGAAGAGCAUCAUCGCCACCAUCGAUGACGUCCUGUCCGCUCGGCCGGGGGCGCUCCCCGAAGACACCAACCCCGGGCCCCAGACGGAGAGCGCCAAGUUCCCCUUCGGCAUUCAGCAGGCGAAAAGCCACCGGAACAUCAGGCUGCUGGAGGACGAGCCCCGGAGCCGGGACGAGACGCCGCUGUGCACCAUCGCACACUGGCAGGACUCGCUGGCCAAGCGCUGCAUCUGUGUGUCCAACAUCGUCCGGAGCCUGUCCUUCGUGCCUGGCAACGACGCCGAGAUGUCCAAACAUCCGGGCCUGGUGCUGAUCCUGGGGAAGCUGAUCCUGCUCCACCACGAGCACCCCGAGCGGAAGCGAGCGCCGCAGACCUACGAGAAGGAGGAGGACGAGGACAAGGGGGUGGCCUGCAGCAAGGACGAGUGGUGGUGGGACUGCCUCGAGGUCCUGCGGGACAACACGCUGGUCACGUUGGCCAACAUUUCUGGGCAGCUGGACUUGUCUGCGUACACGGAGAGCAUCUGCCUGCCCAUCCUGGAUGGCUUGCUGCACUGGAUGGUGUGCCCGUCCGCCGAGGCACAAGACCCCUUCCCGACGGUGGGACCCAACUCGGUCCUGUCGCCGCAGAGACUCGUGCUGGAGACCCUCUGCAAACUGAGCAUCCAGGACAAUAACGUGGACCUCAUCUUGGCCACGCCGCCGUUUAGUCGUCAGGAGAAAUUCUAUGCUACGUUAGUUAGGUACGUGGGGGAUCGCAAAAACCCAGUCUGUCGAGAGAUGUCCAUGGCGCUCUUGUCGAACCUUGCCCAAGGGGACGCGCUGGCAGCGAGGGCCAUAGCUGUGCAGAAGGGAAGCAUUGGGAGCUUGAUAAGCUUCCUGGAGGACGGGGUCACGAUGGCCCAGUACCAGCAGAGCCAGCACAGCCUCCUGCACAUGCAGCCCCCGCCCCUGGAGCCGCCUAGCGUAGACAUGAUGUGCAGGGCGGCCAAGGCCUUGCUGGCCAUGGCCAGAGUGGACGAAAACCGCUCCGAGUUCCUUUUGCACGAGGGCCGGUUGCUGGAUAUCUCGAUAUCGGCUGUCCUGAACUCUCUGGUCGCGUCUGUCAUCUGUGAUGUACUGUUUCAGAUCGGGCAGUUAUGACAUAAGUGAGAAGGCAAGCAUGUGUGAGUGAACACUCGAGGGUCGCAUAACUGGCUGUUUUCUGUUCUUGUUUAUCCAGCGUAGGAAGAAGGAAAAGAGAAUCUUUGCUCCUCUGCCCCAUUCACUAUUUACCAAUUGGGAAUUAAAGAAAUAAUUAAUUCGAACAGUUAUGAAAUUAAUAUUUGCUGUCUGUGUGUAUAAGUACAUCCUUUUGGGGUUUUUUUAUUUCUUUUUUUUAACCAAAGUUGCUGUCUAGUGCAUUCAAAGGUCACUUUUUGUUUUUUCACAGAUUUUCUUUUUAAUGUUCUUUUCCAUGUUGUAUUGCAUUUUUGGGGGGAAGCAAAUUGACUUUAAAGACAAAAGUUUUGGCAAAAGAUGCUAAGAUGGGAAAAAUUUCACCACACUGAGGCAAAAAAGGGUGAAAAAUUAUCAAUUUGCUAUGCGUUUUAUUCUUCAAAGGAUGGAAAAUUAAAAAAAAAAAAAAAAGCAACUGCAUCCCAUCGCCCAAAGCUCUGUGCAAUAGAAACUUCUAGAGAUUCAGGUACCGGGGCUCACGGAGGUGUCAGUGAUCGUCACAGCUGUGAGAGACACCGGCUUCUCCACGGGAAGGUGGUUCCAUGAGGCUAGGAGCAAAGCCACGCGUGUCCCAGUGCAGCCUGGGAAUGCGUCCCUGGCAGCCAUCGACAGGACUUGCUCCCUCCUCGCCGCGCGUCAUGCCUGCUGUCUGUCGCCUGGCCUUCCAUAUGACAGUUCUUCACAAUUCCUUUAGUCAUUUUUUAAAUAUUUUUUUUUUACUGCCUCUGGGCUGUGAUGUAUAUAGAAGUUGUACAUUAAACAUACCCUCAUUUUUUUUUCUUUUCUUCUUUUUUUUUUUAGUACAAAGUUUUUAGUUUCUUUUUCAUGAUGUGGUAACUACGAAGUGAUGGUAGAUUUAAAUAAUUUUUUAUUUUUAUUUUAUAUAUUUUUUCAUUAGGGCCAUAUCUCCAAAAAAAAGAAAAAAUACAAAAAAUAAAAACAAACAAAAACCACAAAAAAAAGAGGGUAAUGUACAAGUUUCUGUAUGUAUAAAGUCGUGCUCUAUUUCGGGAGAGCAGCUGAUCGCAAUUCGCUUCAUGAAUCAAGGUGUGGGAAUGGUCGCGUAUGGAUUGAUUUAGAAAAUGGUUACCAGUACAGAAAAAAAAAAAAAAAAGAAAAAGAAAAAAUACAACUAAAAGGAAGAAACACAACUUCAAAGAUUUUUCAGUGACGAGAAUCCACAUUUGUAUUCCAAGAUAAUGUAGUUUAAAAAAAAAGAAAAAAACUUGAUGUAAAUUCCUCCUUUUCCUCUGGCUUAAUGAAUAUCAUUUAUUCAGUAUAAAAUCUUUAUAUGUUCCACAUGUUAAGAAUAAAUGUACAUUAAAUCUUGUUAA